AUGCACAUCCCACCUCCGCUGCACCUCACUCUCCUCUUCGCCAGCCUAGCAUCCAGCACCAUCACCGGCCCCGAAACACCAAGCCGCUUUCCCCAAGUCCCCUCCCCCGUCACGACCCCAGCCCCAGACCGCGACCUGGUUACGCACCGCCUGCUCAGAGCCCGCCAAGGCCCCCCUCGAUCCUCCGACGGCCGCACGAACUUCAUCGGCUGGUAUACCGCCUCCGACACCUGGGUCUCCGCCACGUGCCCGUCCGAGUCCUACUUCGCUGCCGACGAGACCUACGGCGUGUGCUGUCCCCGGAACAACGCCAACUGCGACCUCGCGACGGUUUGCGGCGGCGCGAAUAAUAACUUCGCCGUUGGGCCCAGCGGGCUGGCUGAUUGUGGGCCGAGCAAUACCUGCGACACGGUCACCGUGAUACAGACGAAGGGCAGCGACGACGCGCGGAGGAUCAUCUUCUGCAUCGCGAGGUCGGAGCAGUAUGUCCUGCCCAUGACCUGGUACCGAGUUACAUAUCCACGCGCCGUCGCAAUGAGCCUACCGUCAUUCAUCCGCCCAUUCGUCGGGUCCGAGAUCCGGACCGUGGAGAUGCAUACCUCGGGAGAGCCGGCGAGGAUCAUUUACGCCGGCUACCCCGACAUCCCCGGCAAGCUGCUCGAGCAGCGCAGCCUGGCUCAAUCGGAGCACGAUCACAUUCGCCGGAGUUUGAUCUAUGAGCCCCGCGGCCAUCAGGACAUGUACGGCGCCGCGUUGAGACCUCGCACAGAGCUAGUAGACUCUGGAGAAGCUCACAUGGGGGCUUUAUUCCUCACCCACGAAGGCUACGGCAUGAUGUGCGGCCACGCCACCAUCGCGCUCGGCAGGUUUCUGGUCGAUUGCACUGAGGAGACCAUCUUCCCUCGACGCAAAGAACUCGAGUUCGACCCGAAAACGCAAGAGAUCGAAGUGAGACUCCACGCACCGGUUGGAGUCGUCCGCAUCAAGGUUCCCGCCGUCAAGGCGGACGGCGGUUACAGAACGGAUAUGAACCGGCCCAUCACCUUCCUCUCCAUCCCAACUUUCGCUACCGCUAUUAAUCUUUCGUUCUUCAUCCCCGAGGACCUGCGUUGGGCCGAGCUCGGAGACCGCGAGAACGUCACGGUCGACGUCGGCUACGGCGGCGCGUUCUACAUCAUCGUGUCGGCGUCUGCUCUCGGGUUUCCGCCUUCGCUAGCGAAGCCCAACUUCGCCGCGCUCAGGAACGCCGCAGAGAAGAUCAAACGGUCGUUCGAUGCCAGUCCCCUGCUGAGGACACGGCUGACUCUGCCGGACGACAAACGCCUGCAGUCGAUCUACGGGGUCAUGGUCACAGACGCGGGGAGCGACGACGAGGUUCCGGCGGCACCGGGAUGCAAGGGAGCCGAAACGGGAGUUUACUUCUUCUCGGACCAGCAGAUUGACCGCAGUCCGACCGGCUCGGUGGUACAAGCGCGAGUUGCGGUGGCUGUUGCGAAGGGAGAAAGAGAGUUGGGUGAGAGCUGGACGUACCACAGUCUCGUUUCGAGAGCGCAGGGGGGUUUCAAGAGUGCUUUCGUCGGUAAAGCCGUGGAAAAGAUUGAUUACGGUAAGAUGCAGGGCAUUAGAGUUGAAGUGAGUGGGCGGGCGUUUUAUACCGGUUCAAGCACGUUUGUGGCGGAGGAAGACGACGAGGUUGGAAAAGGCUUCUCUUUCCAGGCUCUCGGGGUGUAG